CUAGAGUGUCUUGGGAUCUGCGAGCUGCCGUCCGUGUGUCUGCUUGGUCUGCUUGCAGUGGCCUGUCUUCCACCCUGGAUGGUUUUCUCUCCUGUUCUGCGCAAGCUUGCUUAUUCUACCCCGAAUUUCCCCUCUACGUGUCCGCCGGCAUCCCUGCCCUGCAGCAAGGCCCUGCGCGUGUUGAUUGAUGGCGGUGUCGUUAAAUCGCUUCGCCAGCAGCUUUCCACCCAGGCAAGCCCCGUCGCCUCCCCGAGCCGCCGCUGCCCACUCAGGUUGCGUGCCAACACAUCAAUGCCUCCAACCCCCGACAGGUUGACAACCCACUCAGCAUCCCGGCUGCAUGGAUCUCAAGCAUCUCGCUGAACACUAGACUCCCCCCCGUCCCGUCUUGUCGCUCCAUCCCACUGCGAGCCUUACUAGGUGAUGUUGAGUCCACAAUGGACGGAGGCAAUCAUGGAGACGAGGAUAAUCUGGGCACCGCGUCGUCGCAUUUCCUCGCGCACUCGCCCCAUUCCCAACACCACGUCGCACACCACCACCACCACCCGCACUCACACUCCCACGACCGCAACCACUCCUCCCACUCGCUCCCCCACGACCCAGAGCUCCACAGCCUCCGGAGCCCUGCCUACCUGGACAAUUCACUCUUCCAAACCACCUACCGCCCCGUCGUCGCCUCCUGUGCUGAGGCAAACUCGCAGGCUUUUACCGCCAAUGAUGCCACCUCCUCCGGCCUCUUCCCCGACACUGUGAAUCCCGACGACUUCUAUCGCAGCUAUCGCGGAGUGCAAACAGCAAAUGCCAUCCUGCGCACUUCUUCCGCGACCGACUCCAUGACUUCGGCUAUUUCCACCAGUCGACACGCCCCUUCACUGCGGCCAAAUGGGAAUGGAACGACUCCGAAACACGCUGCCGUUCCCGCUGACCCCAAUGGCCCGCGACCCGCGUUUCGCUCCGCAUCUAACCCCGUCGAUGACAGAUUAGGAAGCCCGAGUGCGAGGUCGACGCCGCAAACAACACGGAAUGGUUAUAGUGGAGCUGCCCAGCAGAGCGUGAAGGACCUGAAGAAGAAGUUUGACCAGACUUCCACGCAGCCAGCCGCGACCGUGAGGAGGACAACGCCUCGAACCCGCUCGACGAGGGAUGCACCUUCGUCCAAUCCUGAGACACGGCCACCUGGCGUCGGAAGUAGCAAAUCAGCGUACUCGACGCUGAGAACUACAGCGACUCGCCAGCCUGCCAGCGAACCGAGUAGAGGAUCGGGCGCACGACCUUCCCAACGAGCCAAGUUCGUCGCCGAAGAUUCACUUUCCAGCAAUUCCCAGUCGUUUGCAAGCCGGAUAAGCAGACCGAGAAAUGCGACCUCCUCUCCCAGCACGACGACAACGGAAUCCAUGACACAUCAUUCACAAAUCCCAUCGCUGAAUAUCUCUGCCUCUUCGCCUGCUGCAGCAACGAGGUCAAAUGGCUUGCUCUUUGGCGAGAUCUUGCCAGGAGACGGCGACUCCCUAGCUGCUGGCUUCGGAAUCGGCGGGAUGCGGCCCCGGAGAACGUCCGAGUCACAUGUGCAAACCCCUAGAAACGAAAGGCCGCACCAGAGAAGCCUCUCUGACCCUGACUUCGAGCCGCCCUCUCCGACCGACUGGUACCGUGCAGCGCCCUCGACACGGGACACUAGCACCCAAUAUGCCGAGUCAAGGCUACCCAGGCCAAACAACAGACUGCAUGGUGAUGUGGCUACAGGGUCCAGGCCCACAGCUCAUCGCCUACAGCAUCCGCUGGCAAGACGCCAUGCUGAUCAUUCACCACACGACCAGCCGACGUCACCGACUUCGCGUCUUCCCCGCUCGGUCUCGAAACUCAGUAGUAAUGCAUCAACUCAAGGCAGCCCGGCCUCAACGCGAUCGAAUUCACCGUCGACAGGAAAACGCUCGACAGCACCGGGCGGCAGAAACUCGAGACAGAAUGGACUAUCUAUCGCACGAGCAAAGACACCAACUAGUCGCUCCACUACCCCUACUUCGAGAGCCAAGACUCCUACUCACUCUCCCCGAAAGGCUCCGCCGAAUAUCAACACCACACCUAAAAACAAUCGGCUCAGUGCCUAUGUCUCGGUGCCGCCGCCAAAACUCUCCCCUCCGCUGCGAAGUUCGCGACCCCGGCAAUCCGUGGCAAGGGCAACAACCGCUAGCUCGAGGAUGAGGAUUGCCGAAAACUCGCAACAAGCUCACAAGAGAGGCGCAAGGGGUGCGGGCGACUCGGGGGAGGCUAAUAACCCGAAGCAGAAAAUAUCAGUCGGGCCUAUUGACUUCGCGCAGAGGCGGGAAACCAUCAAGCUCGCAUAUAGCAAGUCGAUAAGGGAGUCGCAGGCAAAGGAAGCAAGACAAGCUGCAGCGGAGCGAAGGAGGAAGGAGCUCGAAGCUGUUGCCAGGGCAAAAGCCGAAGCCGAAGCAGUGGCGAUAGCAGUGAUUGCGAUGCAAGAGGGUGCGGAAAGCAGCCCUGCGCAACACAGUGCUUCCCCACGAAUAAGGUCCAUUCCCGAGGAGCCCCUGAAGGUCACGACGAAUCUGCCGCCUGCUCAACCCCCCAGCAAACAAGCAGAGAGUGGCUCGGAUUCUCCGACCCUUGGCAUACCGGGGAGCUUCCCGAGUCUCGGCCCACCCCCGCGGGAACAGGACGAGAUUCCCCUGUCUGCAGUUUCAGUUGCCACGGCUGUCACCGAGUUCGACACUGAACCGCAGACGGAGCCUCCAAUUCAGGCGACUAGCACCAUGAAGAUGGGUGACGGUUUGGGGAUCAUGUCUUCACCUCACCGGAGGGUCGAAGAAGAACGAGCCCCGAAACAGCCUCGUCUACAUAAGAGAGCUUCUUACCAUUAUCCUUUUGACGAAGAAGGGAUGAAUGAUGAGAGCGUGUCUAUCAAAAUCUCCUUGGAUGCUUCCUCCCCAAAAGCGUCACCCCGGCCAACAUCUAGCUCGCCCGAGUUCGAGAUGGACCAUUCGAUCCCAGGAUCAUUUCAAGACGAGGACGAGCAGGAGUCGUAUACCUACUCCCCCCCAAGUUACGAGACAACCGCCAUAAUUCUCCGCCCGGAAACGCAUUUCACGUCGACGACGGCCGAGCCAGUGCCAGCUGACGAGGCUGACAUCUACCGCGUCCACGCCAACCCUGAUACACCUAUUAUACCCGGCCAUUUUCAGACAGGCGGGGAUGCCAGUCCCGAUAUGGACCAUGGAACUGAGGAUAUGGCGAGACUGGAGGAAUUCUAUGUUGGUCCCAACAUGCAAGAUAACAUCGCCGCGCUACGCGUGUCGACAAUCAGUUCCUCGGACUACGAUGCUUCCCCGGACACACAGCAAUCCAUAGGAGAGAUACAGAGGACGCCAGAUACAUCCCAUAGUCUGAACGUCCCCAUAUCCCUGUCGCCCGGAAACCGGCUGAGCCAGACGUCUGUAUGGACUGACUUCUCCUUGGGAAGCACUGAUGAUCGUGACGCCCUUGCUAGAGAUCUGGCAGCGAGUGGUCGAGAAGCAGAUAUUCGUGACCCGGGCACCAUGAGUUCUCGCCACACAGCUUCGAUCAUGGUAUCUCAAGAUUCGAGUUACGAAUAUAUCGCCAAUUGUCCCGAGAUAUCGCCCCGCGACCUCGAUGCUGCCGUACCCCCUAUUCAGCCCCCUUCGGUUCAUAACAGGCACCAGCUCCCCGAACUCGAUACCGGCGCAGGCUUCUCGAUAUCAUACCGGUUGGCCGAACCACGGAGAGAAGGCCCUUCUCUACCAAGCGAACUGCAUGGCCAGGAUUCUUACCCGCCGAGUGAACCGCAGAAGGAUGAUUCCUACCCGGCCAGCGAACCACAGAGGGAGGAUUUCUCACCACUGCCCCCAGACCACGCCCCUCCUCCUCCGCCCUCUGAUGAGUAUCAGCUCGAGGAAACUGCGUACUACAUUGAGACUCGGCCUAGUAGCUAUCUUCACAGCCACGACGAGGAAGGCGAAUAUCCCACACAACCCAUCUCAACGCCGCAUUCGAUUGGCGAACUCUCUCUCGAAGCUCAAGACUCACAAGCUGUCGGCAAGGUCCCCAGCAGUGAAGCACAGGGUCCAACAGACAAGGAAAAGAAGCGGCUGAAGCAGCGCCAGAUGGUGAUCAAAGAGUUAAUAGACACCGAGUCAGCUUUUGUCAGGGACAUGAGUGUGGUCGAGGAGAUCUACAAGGGCACCGCCGAAGCCUGCCCCAAACUCGAUGACAAGACCGUCAAGCUGAUCUUCAGGAAUACCGACGAGAUCAUCGCCUUCCACACGGCCUUCCUUGUGCAGCUCAAGGAGGGAGUCUCCAACAUCUAUGUCGCAAAGGGCAGACGGUCGCCACUUCUGACACAAGACUCGUCGAAAGACUCGAAGGAUUCGGAUGCCAUUACCGUGAGCUCCACCCUCUCAAGUGGAACCAGCCCAUUGAAGAUGGAAGUGGACGACAGCAAAGACCGACAGACCUCUCUUGGGCCUGUAUUCUCCAGGAACAUGGAGACAUUGAAGAUGACCCAUGAGGGAUAUCUUCGCACAAGCGAUCAUGCGACCAAGCGUCUCAUCCAGAUACAGGAGGACCCGACAGUCAUGGUUUGGCUCAACGAGUGCAAUGAGGUUGCAAAGGACCUGACAGCCGCCUGGAACCUGGACUCCCUUCUGAUCAAGCCAAUGCAGCGCCUCACAAAGUAUCCGAAUCUUAUCACCCAAUUGCUCGAGCACACCCCUCCAGAUCACCCCGAUAGGGAGGCCCUCCUUGCUGCCAGGAUAACAGUGGAGAAUGCAAUCCUCGACAUCAACAAGACCAAAAAGAACUUUGAGUUGGUUGGGCAGAUUGUCAGCAGGAAACGCAAAGAAUCCGAUGUGAGGGCUGGUCUUGCACGGGCAUUUGGCAAACGAGUCGAUAAGCUCCAAGCAUCAAGCAACAGGCCAGCCGAGGACGAGGAAUAUGUCAAACGCCAGGACAAAUUUAGAGACGACUAUCUCAGCCUCCAGGUUGUCUUGAGGGACGUUGAGUACUACACAAGGACAGUAUCAACCUAUGUCCAUGAGUUCCUACAGUACCUUUCGUCCAUGGAGCUUGUCAUGAGGCUCCAGCCCUCCAAGAAUCAUGGCCAUCUGGAGAGCAAAUGGGUUCAGUUCAACGUGGGCAUGAGGGAUAUCGAGAAAGUCCUCGAACAGCAUCUCCUGGCUGUCAGGAAAGAUGUGAUUGAGCCCUUUGAGCAGGUGAUCAAAUGCUACGGCAAUCCUUCCCUGGCAAUGAAGAAGCGCGAAAAGCGACGCCUUGAUUACGAGAAGUAUAUGCAGCUCAAAACUAGCGGCAAAAAGGUCGACAAGCAACUCAGCGAGCUCGUUGAGCACUACGAAGCCCUUAAUGAGACCCUGAAGAAGGAGCUCCCGAGGCUCUCCGCCCUUACCGCCAAAGUCGGCAACAUCUGCCUGGGCAAAUUUGUCACUAUUCAGACCAACUGGUUCGCCACCUGGAAGGAGAAAGUCAAAGUACCGCUCCAGGACUCCUCCUCCCACAUUCCUGACAAUUCCGAGAUCAUUUCUGCCUUCCAGACAGAUUUCAGAAUGAUGGAAGAAGAGGCCAUGGCCAUCGGUAUCCUUAACCCGACGCUGAAAGGACGGAGCUCACAGUCAACGGCAGACGAUGCAUCUUCGACUUUCUCCAAGACGAGACCUCGACCUGCUGAUCUGACUCCCCGCGGCCGUGGACUCUCGAUCAAUAGUGACAGCGUUCCGAGCCUGCCAACUCCUGAUGUCCUCAAGCGGAAUAGUGGCGGCCAGUUUACACUCUCACCCACUUUGCCCAGUCCAGGGUACUCCUACUACCGAGACUUUACCGGCAUCAAUGGGCACUCGCGCGGCGGAUCAUCUCCCGCCACAUCUGAGGUACCCGUCGGAUCUCGGUCUGUCGCUGCGUCUGUUCGGCCUAGCACGGGCCGAAGUUUUGACUCGGGCGGUGCUGCACGGCCGAGCAUCGAGUCUAACGCACAGUCAAGUAUCCACAACCAGCGCGACUCGGUCUCGACCUACAACUCGCCGGUUAACUUUUCCGAGGCUCGCCGCUUCUCGGGGUUAUUCCAUUCCGCUCUGCCGCUGCCCGACAGCUCGGAGGAGAACCAGCGGUCCUCUCGCGCGUCUUCUCGAGAGCGUGCCGCCACCAAUGGCGGUUACAACAUCCUGUGGCUUGCAGCGUCCCUUUUCGAAUUCAACAUUGAGACUACCAAGCACGAGGCUGGAUACCCGUAUCUGACGUAUCAAGCCGGGGAGAUCUUCGAUGUCAUUGCCGAGAAGGGCGAGCUAUGGCUUGCCAAGAACCAAGACGACCCCGGCAACCAGGUCGGAUGGAUCUGGUCUAAGCACUUCGCCAAGCUGGCGGACUCCUAGGGCGUCUUUUUUUUCACCCCUUUCCAAACCCCCUGCUUCACACACCCUUCCCCCUCCUUCCCUUCUGGGGGAAUGCAGGACCUUUGUUGAUUUGAAAAUGCCGUCGAUAUCGGCUUUUAAGAAAGAGCAAGCAUGGCGUUUGAGAGACUGAGGGCACCCCUUU